AUGGAUGCCGACGCUGUCAAUGUUGAAGGCUAUGGCCACAACAUUGGAUGGGAUGACUGCAGUAUGGACAUUCUACCAGAGAUGAACUGUGUGUACAGGCAGCAUUUCCAGCCUUCUGAAGACACGUUAGGUUUUGUCCUUAAACAAUCACAGUCAUACCUCAGAGCACUGGCGGGACGCGAAAGCUUUGCCGGGUUCUUAAAUGUCUCACUCAUGAGUGACAUACUAGUGAAGAGAACAGAAGUCAUUUUUGAUGCACCGAGCCCUUGCGUACUUCAGUCUGAGAAUGGCGAAGCUAGUACCAAUAUCAGCUGGCUCGAUGUUGUCAAGGCGAAGAACUAUCAGGCCGAGCAUACUGGCAAUGGGGUUUAUCAUUUCCAUAUGCGAGAUCGGGGAGUGAUUGUUCAGUUGUCUACCUUCCAACACAAUAUGCUUCUUUCGGGAUUACCCCGGAAGCUUGUGCAACCCUGGUCAUACGAGAAAGAUGUGCAGAUGGAGAUGUAUACUCUGGCCCUGGCCGCCGAAAUGACAUCACUUAUGAACCAAUUUGCAUCGGAAGUCAUCAAAGCAAACAACACUGUGCUCGAAGAGAUAGCCAAAAGAGACCAAGCACUCCGCCACUCCCCGCUGCUCGGUCAAAGAUCAGCGACAACACCCUUUUCCGAACUUGGUGCGGUCUCAGUUGGGUUGCCAGCACAUUCCUCACCAGCCCAGGCUGACACUGACUCACUCGAUGAGGCGGCUGUCGAGACUCGCGGCCCAGGCGUUCAAAGCAAUACUAGAAGACGCUGUGCUGCAAAACGGAGCUUUUCCAAAAAUCAGCUUUGGUGUCCCGAUGUGUUGAAGCAGUUUCCCGAAUGGUUCGAAGACCAAGUCCGAAGAAAUCUGUCGCAAGAAGAGAUUGCUCGAAAUUUUGAAAAAAAGUUCAAGCAAAAACGGACAUUCAAUGCUCUCGAGGCGAAGUUGUAUAAGAUAACAGGAAAGAGCUCCUAUAGGAAGCGCGGGAAACAGUCUCCGGUUCCCUCGACAACUCGCAAAUCCUCACCAUCUCAUCAGUCGUCAGGGGCAUCAGAUUUGCUUCAACAAAUGAUUAUGCGGUCAAACAUGGAUGUUCACACCUUAUAUCUAUCCCCGAGCAUUGUUCCAUAUCUUGCUCCAAACAAUAGCGAGGAUGGCAAUCCUAACGCCCAUACAGGUGCUCAACCGACUCACUCAGCCCCAGAGUCUAACGGUUCAAACCCAUAUGACCUCGCGGAUGAAGAGUCAGAGUGUCUGGGCCCAUCCAGGGGACGCAUUUUUCAGUCAGGUGAAAGCUCUCAGGUCGAUGAAUUGACCCAAAGCCUUCCGAGCUUUUCAGGUGAGGCGGCCGAAAGUCCUCUGUAUUUAGACCAGUCAGAGAAUGGCCACUCGAUCCAUGCAAUGGAGGCAGAUCCGAGAAGGGGCGAUUCUAGCGCCCCUCGAGAGUCUCCGCCAGAGGCCCGUCGGAUAAAAGAACCUAUUCGAUCCCACACCGAAGAUAAUAGGACGCCUGCGAUGUUAGGCCAAAUGCUCCUUCAUUCUAGUGAAGUCACACCAAUGCAUAUGGAUCAUUCGGUUUUAUCACAAGUCAACCGACCCGCAGGGAAUGAUGUUGGACAAUGCACAGUACGUGAGAGUCAAUUUUAUGGACUUUCAGCGCAUAAGAGUACUGGACAUGACCCUGAAGAUAGCCUCGAUGCGUUCGCCAGGGCAACAGCCUCCCUGCAAGCUUCUCAGUCGAGCGCCACUGGCAGUUCGACUGAGGGACACUCUCUGAACAGAAUGAAUGGGCCAUCCACCGACACUCUCAAAGAGGAUUUAGCCGAGGAAGAAUUGAUACGAAGGUGUGUUCUCGAGAGAUCUCAAGCACAGGUGCGACCUCAUCGCCCAUGGAAGAGCGGGGACCUGAACCGCUUGCCACAAUGGCUUAUGGUACGGAAGCAUCUACCAAAGAACAAACUCGAAGUUGAGUUUCUGAGAGACUUUGGACACUAUCGAACUUCCUGUGCCAUUAGCACUGCUUGCCGCAAAAUAAGGAAGGCAGAAGCCCGUCAGAAGAAUGCAAUCUCAAACUGCACCUCAAUUUCACUAUCUCAGGCCAUCCCUGGCGUCGUCGGUUCUACCCAAAUAUCACGGACAUCCAACAACAUCACUGGAAACGACACGCCCGGGUUGAACCCAUCUCACAUGCCGAGCAAGGAGUUGCAUGCUCCUGAAAAUUCACUGUUGGAGCGACCUCGCUCACCACAGACGCAGCCGCAGAUUCCAGACUGCAGAGAGGGAUCUUCUUCUACCCACUCUGCUUUGUCACAUGAUGUCGAUGAAGCAAUGUAUUAUACCACAUCUGCUGCCAUCGCCUCGACAUGUGCUCCCCCGCAGACUGCGGUUUCACAACGCACCCAAUGUGUCGAGAAUACUUCUCAGUUGGGCAACCAGAAAGAGCCUCCCCCAGCUCGGUUUACAGCAGUCAAUGGUGGGAAAGGCCUCCGGGCCAGAUCAGGUACGGAGAACACCACUCCACAGGCUCAGAUGGAAAGGGAAGGCCGUGGAGAUCUGCAGGGCGGGCAAAGAACCAGGCAAACAUCAACACCACCCGAAGGGCUGAUAGGGCAAGAAUUGAAUAGCCAAAAUGGGUCGCAAAGACUGUCGCCCCAGACGCUCGCAGAAGGACGGACCAGUUCGCUUGACUCAGAACCGAUAAACAGCACACUUGAAGCCACUGGGGACCAGCCGUAUAUCCCUGCCGUUAUUUCCGACACCCGCACCCCGCAACCGGAAGUGCGCCCAACUACGCAGAACUCGUCGCAGACUCAAGCAAACCCAGUCAAUAUCCCAUUCCCAAACAACCCCCAGCCCGAUUACACAACAGGCAAAAUCCAAAAUCGUUCGUCCGCCUUCCAGAUCCCAUCCCCACGAACAUCCCAGCCCUCCACAGCACAAUCCCAACCUGAUGGACCACAAUCUGGCGGUGUAUCCGGGAUGGCGCAAACAGACCGUUCGUAUCUACCCCCUCGCCUGUCUUGUGCGGUGCUAACGUAA